AUGGAGCUAGGAGCUGAUCACAUCGAUGUUGAGCUUCAGGUUCCUUUUUUCUCUCUAGGUGCAAAUGGUGCAGCUGGUGUUCCUUCACUUUUGGCUCUUCCACCUGGCUGUAAAUCCUCAGACUGCAUUGUGAGGUACACCGGAGAGUUGUCUGUUGAUGUUGUUACUGUGCUUCCCCAAUUAAGACGUGUUACAUCUAUGGAGCUUGGUUGUGAUCCAAGAUGCUAUUCACAUGCUGGAAAUAACACCACAGUUUGGUAUUUUGCUGUUCUUAUUGGAAGACAAAGCACAGACUCCCUAAAAUGCGUUAAGGUCCAAGAUAUACUAUCAGAUGGUGAAAAUGUAAAUCAAAUUGACCAACACCAAGCUGCCAUGUCAUCAUUGAAGGAAAACAGACUCACAUUUGCCUGGGUGGAUAGUGAAGCACAAAAGAUGACAUUUGUGGACCGAAUGGCAGGUGCAAACCUUCCAUCUUUGGCUGCUAUGGAGCAGACUCGAAUGCUAGCACACACUUUAGCUCAGAACACCAAUCCAAAGUUUCAGUGCUUAUGUGCCAGGGCAGCCUUCCAGGUCUGGUGGUAUGUUUUGUAUAGAUUGGAAUCUGAGAAGCCGAUAGGUUGCUACAAUGCUUCUGUUCAGGAACUGAUUGUAAUUGAUGAUCUUGUAUCUGCUUUAGUUGGAAUUGAGGGACCAUAUAUUUCUAUCAAUAGAGUUGGAGGGAAUGAUAACUCUAUUAUCUUCAAUGUUGACGGAUCUAUGGAUUUGGCACUCCAGGGUGCUGCAAAUAUAAAAGUGGCAGGAACAGAUAUGAACAACAAGAGCAGCCGGUCACAUAGUGUUUUCACCUGCUGGUUCUCAAAGAUUAGAAACACCAAUUUCUUUCAAACAACAGAAGAUCUAGAGUUUAAUUGGGUGAUUGAAGGUGAUGGAUGUAAACUUGAUUCUGGAACUCUAAGUCUACCAACAUUAGAGUUUAAUUGGGUGAUUGAAGGUGAUUUUGGUUCUUGA